AUGAUGGACCUGUCAAAAGACCCAGACUACUUCAAGUAUGGACCGACAGAUGACUACAAGCCGGUCCUUUUCCCUAUGGGCCUUUCCCUUUGGACAUCUUCGACCAAGUCCUCAUCCACCUCAGGGACUGGACUGUGGAACAGUCUGCAAGCUCUCUCUUCCUUUUGGCCAUUGUCGUCCAUAUCAUCGUCUUCGGAGACCAAACGAGUGAACGGUCUGCAUGUUCUGCCUCCUGAAGUUUUCUGGAACAUGCUCGACGAAUGUCUUUUCCAAUCCGGGGACAUCUCCCUGCAGCACGAGCCUUUCCAUUUGCUUCUCGCUCUCUCUCAGGUGGAUCAUCAGAUAAACGAACGUGUUCAGCAGUAUGUUACCCGGCGACUGCCGCGACACUUUCUUCGCCGAGAGCUUGGUGAUAUUGAAGUGUUCCCAUGGGUUGAAGGUGGCAAUGGUCAGCAAUGGUAUCCAGGCGAGGCAUCCGAUUUCCCAAUCGAAGUCGUCGAGGACUUCCUUGGGCGCGUGAUUCAGAGCGAUUGUCCCGCGUGCUUUGCCUACAUCUUGGACUACUGCGGUGUCAUGGUAAGCCAUUGCAACCAUAUCGGCUGGUCUUUCAUUGCCCUCGCCAUCGCCUUCGGAUCUUCCAACAUUAUCCGGUACAUCUUGAGCCAUCCUAGCGCAUCGCAUCCUCUGGCCGCGCAGCUCUUUGGCCCCGCCAAUAUCAACUUCCCUUCCCCAACGCCUUUGGGUAUUCUGGCACGUUGUCGCAAUGUGGACCGUCUGGAUGAAGUCUUGAAUUUGAUUGAACGCCCUAUAGCCAAGGCGAAUGUCCCUUCGAGUGCCAUCGUUGGGGCGUUCAAUGCAGACGAUCUAUAUUGGCUCUGUACGUACAUAGCCCCGUACCAAGCCCGGCGGUUGAAAAAGCUAGGUUUCUGUUUCUCUCGUGUUACAGAUCGGAUGGCACAAUGGUACAUCUGGCAUGGUGCCGUCAAGAACAGUGUCGAGUUACUCGACUACUUGAGGGUCACUUGUCCUCUGGACCUUACCCAGUUGACCCCCGAGCAGACCCAUACUCCUCUGCGAGCCGCCAUUGCCGGUGACAGAGUCGAUGUUGUGCACUGGUUCGCAAAACACGAUCUUUCUCGGGCUGUGGAGGCUGGGAGCACGGUCAAAGACAUCGCAGUGGCCAUGGAGAGGUUCUCUCCCGAGAGCGCAGAUAUUGUCAAGGUGCUUCUGUUCGCGUCAGGCAGAUCCGUCACCUCAGUCCAAGGUGGGAUCUUACUCCGUCACAUGCUGUCGUCUCUGUGCGCCGAAGCCCACAGAUUACGAGAGACCUUGAGCGAUCCCAAUUACGCCUCCUGGCAUGUGAGCUCGGAAGCCAUCACGAUUGCCAAAUGCAAGUAUAUAAUGGUCGCGUCAGCGGCGAAUGACUACACUCGUCCCGAUGGACCAAAGGGACUGCCUGAGAACGAGACGCAGCUGGUGAACGAGAAUUAUACAGAGGCGCGACAAUGCGCUUUCCAACACGGGUUCAAUGAUUUGGCUGACUGGCUUUGGCCUUGCAAACGUAACUCGAUUCGGAAUUUUUGA